CUCCAGGUACUCGUUCCAGGACGAGGAGGACAUGUUCAUGGUGGUGGAUCUGCUGUUAGGAGGAGAUCUGCGCUAUCAUCUGCAGCAGAACGUGCAGUUCACCGAGGACGCCGUCAAACUCUACCUGUGCGAGAUGACGCUGGCGCUCGACUACCUGCAGAGCCAGCACAUCAUACACAGGGACAUCAAACCGGACAACAUCCUCCUGGACGAGCAAGGUCACGCGCAUUUAACAGACUUUAACAUCGCUACCAUAAUCAAGGACGGCGAACGAGCCACGGCGUUAGCGGGUACAAAGCCUUACAUGGCUCCAGAGAUCUUCCAGUCGUUCGUGAGCGGGGGAACUGGUUAUGCGUUCGAGGUGGACUGGUGGUCGCUGGGCGUGACGAUCUUUGAGGUUCUGCGAAGUUGGAGGCCAUACGACAUCCACGCCAGUAACUCGGUGGAGUCUCUGCUGCAGCUGUUCAGUACGGUCAGUGUGCAGUACAGCUCAUCCUGGCACAAAGACCUCGUCUCGCUGCUGAGGAAGUUAUUGACUGUAAACCCAGAGCAUCGCUUCUGUAGUCUGGCUCAAAUGCAGACGGCGCCCUACCUCUCCGAUGUCAACUGGGACGACGUUUAUGAGAAGAAGAUGGAGCCCGGCUUUGUUCCCAAUAAGGGUCGUCUGCAUUGCGAUCCCACCUUUGAACUGGAGGAGAUGAUUCUGGAGUCUCGUCCUCUUCAUAAGAAGAAGAAGCGACUGGCAAAAAACAGAUCGAGAGACAACAGCAAAGAUUCUCAGUCUGAGAACGAGUAUCUUCAGGAGUGCCUUGAAGUCGUCCAGCAAGAGUUCAUGAUUUUCAACCGUGAAAAAUUGAAGCGCCGGCAGGAGGAGGGCUGUAUGGCAGCAGACGGAGACGCCGAUCCAGACGGAGACGAGGCCGAGGGAGGAACGGAGGACGAGGAGACCGAGGCCGAACCCGAGGCUGAACCCGAGGCCUCCAAACUGAGCAUGUGCGGCUCGGUCUGCUCGUCUCCGGGAAGCUGCUAGCGCCCCCUGCUGUCUCGGAGCUGCUCACCUCGCCUUUAACAGCCCUCGAGAUCCCAGCCCUGGCUUCUUUCGUCUCCGCCGCUCCUAGAGUAAAUCUGAACUUCUAUGCAACGUAACUCUUCAGCAUGAUGUAAAAUAGAGAUUUUAGAGGCAAUUCUACAAUGUAAGACUGUUUGCUUGAGUAUGACGACACCACAUGAAACACACCAGACGACGGAGGAGAUCUUCAUCUUGAAUACAAACCGAUUGCGUUUGUAUGUUUACAUAUGUGACCACAAAACCAGUC